UCCAUACCUCAACUCAAUCACUCCAUCCGUCUUCCAGGCUUAGCUCGGGCUCAUCGAUCCACGCCAAAACGCUGCAUCGAACAAAUAUCCACGACCCCCCCGACCGCGUUACGACACACACCUCAUUUCAACCCUCCCGCUGUCACAUUUCUCCGCGUCCCAUCCCUUUCCGGUCGGUACCUGAGCCAUUCUCCAUCUCGCACUAGUCCGAUUCGCCUUGCCUGCCUUCGCUGCCCGUCUCAGCCUAGUUCAGCCACUCCAAGCGAGAUUUCGACUCUCAGAAAAGGACGAGACCUCGCCCAGAUUCCCAUUCCCCUGGUCUCACUUAAUUCCAAUCCCUUCGUAAUUGGCAUCCGCCGACCCAGCACACAUCAUGGCCGCCAACGACUAUUACCAGAACAAACCGCUACCCCCUCCAGGAGCUUCUCCCUCGCCUGCUCCCUAUUACGGCGGUGCUGCCUACAACAACAUUCCCUCAACCAGUUCAACACCCGCUCCUCCCUACAGCUCAAUACCGCCCGCGCCCGGCGCCAGUCAACCACCACCACCGCGCGCCAACACCGUAUCUCCCUUCGAAAGCGUCUUUGACGAUCAUGUCUAUCCAGUAGACUCAACGCAGGACGGAUUUCGCCACAACGGAAACACGCAGAGCCCUCAUCCCCAGACCACGAACAACAUGCAACCUCAGCGUAUGAACACGAUGAACACAGUAAACACCGCCUACACAGGCCACGGCCAGACGGCCUACAACAGCCACGAUCCCCACCAGCAGAAUCCUUAUGCUCAGCCGGACACCGCGUACUACGGCCAUUCGACUUCUCCAGACUCGAGCAGACAAAAUGUGGCCGACGAAAUCCCCCUGCAAAGCCGGCAGCCGACGCAGCCGCAUAAGGAUGUGGAGAUGAACGAGAAUGAUCAUGUCUACGACGCACCUGCGGGAUCUCGUCGCUCAAAGAGCCGCCGCGACAAGAACAAGGUUGGGUUUGGUCAGCUGGGCAUGUUUGGCGCCGACAGAAAGGGUAUUCCGUGGGUUGUCUACAUUUUCACAUUGGUUCAGGUCGCUGUCUUCAUCGCUGAGAUUGUGAAGAAUGCUCAACUUACCGGGUCUCCUAUCAUGACCAAACCCUCGUUCAACCCCAUGAUUGGACCUUCCACCUACGUUAUGAUCAACAUGGGUGCUCGCUACGUAGCUUGCAUGCACAACGUCAAGGGUAUCCAAGAUCUCGGCCAGCCCAUUACCUGGCCUUGCCCGAACUCGACCUCAAGCGACGCCAGCAAUCCCUCGAAUCAGUGCGGUCUCGGCGAUUUGUGCGGCUUUGGAGGUGUGCCGGAGCCUACCUACACCGACAUCAACCAGUCGCCGGAACCCAACCAGUGGUUCCGCUUCAUCACGCCCAUCUUCCUGCACGCAGGGCUCAUCCAUAUCGGCUUCAACCUGCUUCUGCAGAUGACGAUAGGAAAGGAGAUGGAAAUUGCUAUCGGCUCGAUUCGCUUCUUCUUGGUCUAUGUAAGCGCAGGUAUAUUCGGCAACGUCAUGGGAGCAAACUACGCCGGUGUUAUGGCUGCGUCUACGGGUGCUUCAGGUGCCCUUUUCGGCGUCAUUGCCCUAACUCUGCUCGAUCUAUUGUACUCAUGGAAAGACCGCCGCAGCCCUGUCAAGGACCUGAUGUUCAUCAUGUUGGACGUAGUCAUCUCUUUCGUUCUGGGUCUCCUGCCAGGACUCGACAACUUUGCCCAUAUUGGUGGCUUCCUGAUGGGUCUUGCGCUCGGCAUCUGCGUCUUGCAUUCGCCCAAUUCCCUGAGACGGAGACUUGGCGCUGAGGAUCCGUCAUACGCGUCCAUGCACCUUACUCCCAACCAGGGUGGCCCGCCUCCGUUCCUGAAGAAUCCCAUCGGUUUCUUCAAGGGCAGGAAGCCACUCUGGUGGGCAUGGUGGUUGGUCAGAGCCGGCUUCUUGCUGACUGUCAUCAUCGUCUUCAUCGUCCUGCUUAACAACUUCUACAUCUACCACAACACGUGCAGCUGGUGCAAGUACCUGAGUUGUAUUGUAAGUUAUCUGUUAACCCAUACUGACGAUCAUGUGCUGACUUGAAACUAGCCUGUAAACAACUGGUGCGAGCUUGACAACUUCAAGAUCACUUCAUCAUGAAGAGUUGACAUCAUAGGAGGAAUGACCGAACUAAUGCU